AGUUGUUUUUUGUGAUGUGUCAUCAUCGCUGAGAAGUAGUUGAGGGUAGUUGCGAGGUCGCGUGGUACGUUUUAAUUUACGGGUAGUAGUCACUAUCCCCAAGACAAGAGGAAAGGCGCCACUUCCCUGUUUCUUCCUCUACAUCAAGAAUCCGUUUGAGAAGUUGUGCACAGGAAAAUUUUUACAAAAACCGGAAACCAAAAAUCAUGGCCACACUCUACCUUCUCGCGCACCCGCAGCUGUUGCUGCACCCGGACCGGCUGCUGGACCCUGACACCGAUAUGCAUCGCAAAAUUAUCGUACACGGGCGUAGCACCACUCGCAUGACAAAUUUUCGCAGCAUGAUGAAAAAUUGAUCUUGUGAUUCUGAAGCUGAAUUGGCUCAGAAAGAGAUGUAUGCAUGCAUGAUUGCAAAGAACAUGAUUACGAGCAGUUUGAUAUUUUUGCAGUUCAUAACCGAGACCCGGAAGCAGAUCGACCGCAUGUGCGCGUUUCUUGGAAACGCGGAGGGCCGGGAUAAGAUCGGAAAACUCGUCCAGUUUAUCGCCCGUUUUCUCGACGGGUUUUUUCGGGAAGGACCCGGUCUGAGUCUGAUCGCCGCGGAGACCUCCCUACGAAUUGCAAAAUACUUAAGUAGCGACGUACUCUACUAUGAAUUGCAUGACAAUUUUUUUCAAAAGGAGAGACGGAAUAUUGUAAUUCUCACUUGGGUCGUUGAUGUCGUUCCUGUAAGGAGUUGGCUUUGAUGAUGUCAUUGUCGUGCAAAAAUAGUACAACCACGAGUGCGAAGAUGCUGAUUUUGCAGUGGAUACUCCCUCCCCUACUGCAAUCAGCUCCGGUGCCUCUGGAACGGGCUGCAGACCGCGCGGUGCUGGGCGUGGAUGGGAAAGUCCCUGAUCGAGUGGAAAACGGACAUCCAGACCUUUGAGUCGAAGCAAAUGGUCCCGGAAGUGAAGGUGCUCCAUAUGACCGCCCGGUUUUUCUUCGCGGUCCGGUGGUUUUUCGAGAACUUCAUGCUGCUGGUGAAGGAGAAGGUCCUGCUCCCCUCCGCGAAAGGGGGGUAUUUGCCGCUCCCGGAGGCCGUAUGCAUUGCAAACAUGUCUGGGUCUGGAAGAGUGCAAAUUUGUGAUGCUUGUCUCACAUGACUCUUGGACUUGUAAUGCGUGAGCAGGAUGAAAAGAGCCUCUUACCUGUCAUGCAAAAAUGAAGUUUCUCAUGCAGAAAGCGAAGCACAAAGGAGCCAAGAAGCUUGUCAUGCGCGCUGCCUAUAGCAGUGUCCCCACAAAAAUUGAUAAAUUAGCAUCACAAGUUCCCAGACCCAGACAUAUUUGCAUUUGAUAGGCCGCCGUGUUGAACAAGUACGCGAAGAAGUUUUGGUUCUACGCAAUUUUCACCGCGGUGUGCUGCGAGGUGGCGAAGCUGCGCAUUCUGAAGAACAAGUACGACGAAAUCUAUCCCAGGUGACCAAGAAUGUUGAUCGUAAUAAAGUCGUAUAGCUUGCAAAACAGAUCUUGGGCAUGUCAGAAAAACUCUAUUUGCAUAUUGCCUAGUCAACAAGCACCACAAAGUAGAAAUUAAUGUCUAGAAUCGAGAAGACCAACACCUACUGUAAUAUCAAGAAAUUGCAAAUAAUCUUUACGACUUCUACGUAGUGUUUCUUUGCAAUGGAUAGAGUCGAGAACAAGGUGAUUUCCACGGUGGCAACGGGGAACGACAAGCAGAAAUCGCAGCAGUUGGUAGAGGAACAGAAGGUGAUAUCCAGGAAAAAAAGUGUGUUAGUGUAACUUUCUUGGAGGAACAGCAUCACAAAUUUGUUCUGCAUGAGAGAGAAAACCUCCCAUGCGUGGUUUGUAAAGGAAAACACAAGUGAAAAGAGGACUUCGUGCUUGUCUGGCAUGACAGGUGUAACUCUGUUGCAUGUUCUGCAUGACAGAGUUACACUUACACACUUUUUUUCUUUCAUAGGUGAAGAAGGAGGAAGAAUUGGCGAAGUUGAAGUCUGACGCGAAACUGUAUGCAUUGCAAAUAUGUCUGGGUCUGGAAGAGUGUAAGUUUGUCAUGCUUGUCGAACAAGACUCCCAACUCUGUGAUGCAUGAGCAGGAAGAGAGCCUCUCGCCUGUCAUGCAAAAACGCAGUUUGCCAUGCAGAGUUUCAGACCCUGUCAUGCUUGGCUGCGUAUUGCAGUGUGUCCACCAGUCCCAAACCAGCAUUACAACUUUCCACACCCAGAUAGUAUUUGCAGUGGAUAAACUGCGGCUGCGCACGAUUUUCACCAACGUGAUGGACUCUCCUGCGUCGAUCAGCGUCGGGUUCGGAUACUCCAUGAGCCACAUGACGGUCGGCGGGCUGAUGAGCAUCGCGAGCUACCUGCAGUGCCAGAAUUUGUACCCGAAGUAGUAGAAGAAGGCGGGAGGAGGCCUUGAUAUUACUUUUGCUGGGGAACAAGUAGAUCACGAAAUGCGUACAGACACAGAUGUUUGUAACUUUGUAGUUCAGUUGUAGGACAAAAUAAAUUGAAAAUGCUGUAGUAAUUAUCACUCGACAUCAGGCCGCUAGAGAAUGCAUUCAGAAGAGAAAGACACCGACCAAACUAGAUUUUUUACGUUUCAUCGACUUGCUGUUCGCAAUACAACUUGUUUAUCGACUGUAGCCGACGAAGAGACCAUUAUCAUGAUUAUGUCGCUUGUUUUAUCUGUUAAUGCUAAAUUGAAAAUGCCUCGUCUGCCACUGCCACAUUAUCGCGAUUUGACAAAAUAUACGCACCUGUUUCUCAUUUGUAAGAAAACUGAAAAAUUUUCCUAUACCCAACGUUUGAAUUUUUCUCAUGGACGCGCUAUGGCUGACUAGCACAGAAGACGCGAUCCUUUUUCCACCGGUGCUGACGGGGAGCUACGGCAUCUGGGCUGCAUGAUUUUUGCAUACACUCCUACUUCAUCACCAAUUGAAGCUGACAAAGUAGACUGAGAUGAUCCUGCACUAGGGAACAGCUGCAAGAAGUGCGACAUCUUCGCAACUGAAAUGGAUUCUGGUGGAUGAACCGCGAUGUUGAAAUAGUGGAGCCUGUACACACAAUCACACUGAAUUUUGACACCACAACGAACACGUUAAACACAGAAAGAACGUAGGGCGGCAUGCGUGGAUCACAUGUGGAC